AUGUCCAAUAGUGAACCUGCCGAUAAGAAGCACACCUCAAGCAGCUUCGACUGGACCAUCGGAGCCAGGAUCAGAGAUGGACGAUACGGCCCAGUCUUCUUAGGCCUGAGGACAGACACAGCGGAAUUGAUCUCAGCCGAGGAAUUCACACCUCAGGACGAGCCGGGCACCGCAUCCGCACUGGAAAGCGUGGUCGCAUUCCUAGGAUCGAGGCUGGCGAGACCAAGCCAGCCAAACAUCAUUUCGUGUCUAGGUUACGAGCUCAAGGAAGGACGCAUCUUCAUUCUCACCGAGUACCUGCCAGGUGGAACGGUGCGAGACCUCACCCGGAGCUAUGGCGCCAUCCCGCAGCCCCUCGCGCGCACGAUCCUCCGCCAGGUCGUACUUGGGCUCGAGCAGCUGCAGAACCAAGACAUCUCGCCUGUCUUCUUGGAUCUGGGGAUCGUGAUGGUGGACAACGUGUGCGCCGUCAAGAUCGAGGCGCCGCUGCUCGACGUGACCGCCAAGACAGGCAACGCCCUGCCUUCUACUGCUGACGUGUGGCUGCUCGGAGUCCUGGCGGCCCAGCUGCUCACGGGGGACUGCAGCCUCGCGGAGGCCGGCGCGGCCGGCUCGGUCGCUGAACGGAUCAAAGAGUCCCAAGCAUCAGCACUGGAGCUUUUGAUUCCUGGCGACGUGGCCAGCAAGCUCGAUCGGCAGGCAUCGGAUCUCAUCCGCCAGUGCCUUAGCAUAGACACCAACCACCGGCCGAGCGUCUCUGACCUACUUGAGCAUCCCUUCCUGAGUGGUGUGGCCUGA